AUGGUCAAAUCCGAGAAUCAGUUUGUUAAAAUCAUGGAAUUAGAGCCUGGUAGUGCAAAAGACUCAAAUGGUUUUUUAUUUCCAGUGACAUCCUCCAGAAACGCAAAGUGGUGGUACUCAGCCUUUCACAAUUUCACCGACAUGGUUGGUGUCGGUGUCCUUAGUCUUCCUUACACCCUAUCUCAACUCGGAUGGGGCUUUGGAAUCAUAGUACUAGUCCUAUCCUGGGUGAUUACACUCUACACACUAUGGCAAAUGGUGGAAACGCACGAAAUGUCUCUUUUUCUUUUGCAGGUUAUACAAUUUAUUGACAAUGAUGCUGAGGGUAAGAGAAAGAUGUCUACUGCUAGAGUAGUUAAUGCUUUGAAAAAAAGAGAAAGUUCCUUCAAAGCAGAUUUAUGUGCAGUUGUUAAAUCAUUUAUGGAAACAAAUCCUUUGCUUCCCACAGAAAUGGUUGAGCAUCUGAAGACAGGCCUUGGUUCCCAAGGACAGAUAGCUCAUAUUGAAGAGAUUAAUUCUCGGAUAGCCAAUUUUGUAAAGAUUCCAGAUUAUCUUUCUGAAGGAACAAAAUCUGCAUUGAAAUGUUCAGGUCUUUUAAACUUGACACUUAAUAUGAACUGUUGUAAUUGCAUUACUGAUGCUGAUAUGAAGCCUCUCUCAGACCUAAGAAACUUGGAAGAAUUACAAAUCUCCAGCAGCAAGGUCACUGAUAAUGGUGUCACAUUCUUGAAAGGUUUACACAAGCUUGCAUUGCUGAAUAUAGAACGUUGCCCUAUUACUGCAGCAUGCCUAGAUUCACUUUCAGAUCUUGUUGCUCUACUUUUUCUGAAUACGUCUACUUAUACAGAAUUGAAGUCUCUAAAAGUGCUGAACUUGGGAUUCAAUGAUAUAUCAGAUGCUGUCUUGUCACACCUAAAAGGUUUGAUAAAUUUGGAGAGCUUGAAUCUGGAUUCAGUAAGCCAUUUUGAUAUUGAUUUUUCUAUUGAAUCAUUUCUACUUCCCAUUAAACCAAACCUCCAUCUACCUUCAAUCUUCUUGAUUAUCUCCGAAGAUCUUUCAGAUCCUGUUCGUUCACAUAAAGAUCUGGACAAAGAUUCAGCAUUGUAUUUUACAAACGUAGUUAAGUUUUAUGAAGAACUUGCAAAGCAAAUGGUUGGAGUUGCAGAAAUGAAGAUGAUUAUUGAAAGAACUGGUGGAAUCGUUGUUUUAGCUGAAAGUUUUGGUCAUUCGAUUUUUAAAGAUUCAUUCAAACAUGUUUUUGAGAAAGGAGAAGAGUCUCUUGGUCUUGCUCAUAAGUGA